AUGAAGAGGUACGCCAGUGCUGCAACUCCGUGUGUCAGGCGUCACAGAGCUGUCCCUCAGUUGCUUGGACUUCAAGUUGUAGCCAGGCCAGUCAAGGCUGUUGUUCUUCUUUACCCAGAUUAUGAAGGGCUGGACAAAGAAAACGAGGAAGAAGAUGCCUGUAUAGCUAACGAAGGAAAACCCCAACUAGACGAUACCAUCUUCUGGAUCAAAUCGACAGCGCAUGCGGAACCAUGGCCCUUAUUCAUGCCCUGGCCAAUGUACAUGCAAUCAUUCAUGGCAUCUGCUUCAUCUGAGCCGUCACACCUAGUUGGAGGUGACUUACACACCCACAAGUGCCCUCCUCAAAUUCAUCGCCCAAUGUCAAGCCACUUUGCAGACAAGACCCCUGAAGAACGUGCCCACCUCUUAGAAACCACACCCCUUUUCACUAGCAUCCACACAGAAUCGGCUGAAUCAGGGCAGAGUCCACCAGAUCCCAACAUGCCUUUCCACUUCACAUGCUUCGUCGCCGCGCCAGAGGUCGAAUUUCGUGAAAUCACAUCUGGUGAAAAACCUGUGCCCAACGCAGAAGAUAUCACAAAGAGCACUGGAUAG